AACACCGCGGGAACUCAGUUGCUCACGAGCAUCCGUCGACUGAUGAACAUGGUUUCCUGUAUGUCGAACAACGCGAGUGCCGUGCUUACGAUGUGCCGUUACGCUCUCUUCCUCGUGGUGGCAAUUGUGGUUCUCAGCAGAGCCGACAAUGCUGAGAACGGUCUAAAGGUGGAGAAGCUGUACAUGCCCGAGGUGUGCGACGUCAGGUCGAAGAAGGGCGACCAGCUGACCAUGCACUACACCGGCACGCUCCAGGACGGCAGCAAGUUCGACUCAAGUUUGGAUAGAGAUCAACCGUUUACCUUUCAACUUGGUGUAGGACAAGUUAUCAAAGGGUGGGAUCAAGGUCUCUUGGAUAUGUGUGUAGGCGAGAGGAGAAGACUAACGAUACCACCCGAGCUUGGAUACGGCGACAAGGGAGCCGGAAAUGUCAUUCCUGGUGGUGCUACUCUUACGUUUGAAGUCGAGCUUAUGAAUAUUAGCGAUUCACCCCCAACCGCCAAUGUUUUUAAGGAAAUUGAUGCCGACAAAGAUAACCAACUGUCCCGCGAGGAGGUGAGAGCAAUGGUGAGCGAUUACCUGCGGAAACAGGUGAUAGAAGCGGAGCAAGCUGGUGAAAAUGAAGACGUGAAGAAAAUGCUGGCCGAUCACGAUAAGCUCGUCGAGGAGAUCUUCCAGCACGAGGACAAGGACAAGAACGGCUUCAUCUCCCACGACGAGUUCAGUGGGCCGAAGCAUGAUGAGCUCUGAAGUCUUCGUCCCUCAUCAUCGCGUCUCCGAGCGCCCGUUGUCGACGUCGUCGUUGCCUCAGUCGUCGACGACAUCGCCGCGCCCCGCGCCACCACGUGUUCACCUCUGUAUAAAAUCACCUCUUCGAGUCCCCUCUCGGGCAUUCCCGAAGGACCCGCUGAUCGAUUGUCCCGAGUACAUGUGUGCUCGAACUCGCAAGAACAAGCGAAUUUACCAGCAAACUUUUCUAAUACAACACAACUUAUACUAGCAUCAAAGAAAUACAAUCUUCGGGAAUCUCCGGCUCGUCGAGACGUAUUCAUGUCCUCGAUCGUAGGAAACUUACAGGAAUAGGUGGACAUUUGAUUAACAACGAAGUUCGAAAAUCCUUAAAGUGAAAUUGUUUUUUAAAAAAAUUUGAAAAACGUCUUUGGAAGUUUUGAGAACUAUUGAAUGGUCCUAAAUAGCUUGAAGACUUCAUAAUUUUUAAAUUCAGAUGUCGAAGGAUAUACGAUUCCACUCGUUUACAGCACAGGAAUCACAAUUACAUCCCGCGAGCAAUCUUAUACGCACAGCAUUACUCGAGAAUCUGCAGGGGGAAUCUCGAUCGAUUUUCAGCGUAAUUGCUUUUCUUAUCCUAGCACAUCUUACUAGGAAGAUCUGCAAUUUUUCCGCUCAAUAUAUGCUUGUUUUAUAAUAUUUAUCAUGCAAUCUCGUUUUGAAAAUUUUUAUAAAGCUUUUUUACAAUUAUUUAAUUUUUAUAGAUAGUUUACAUUGAGCAGAAUUAUUACAUUUUUUAAAAUUAUUAGUUUUCGAGUAAAAUUUCUGAUGAAACAUAAACUUCUUGAUACCCAGUAAAUAACAAAAUCGAAUUGAUGGCAUUUAAACAAUAUUAAUAUUUUUAAUUUUUUGUUUUUAUUUUUAAUCGUUUUAAACGUCCGCGGAAUUUCACAAAGAUCCACGGUAAAAUUUUCGCCGAUAUUCCUAGGCAGGAAACAUUCCGGCGCAACGACGUCACUGUACAUUUUAAUAUAACAAAAAAAAAAUACACACGAAUGUCUGCUCGAAUGAUUGCACUGUAGUGGCGUGAAGUGAGAGGCUGUGUAUGUUUCGCGCUAUAUAUAUUAUAUAAAAAUAUAAAGAGAGAGAAAGAAAGAAAGAAAGAAAGAUUGUGUGAUAAUAGAGCGAGAUGAAGGUGUGACGGAAAGAGUGUUUUUUCUACAUGAUUAUAAAUGUUAGUAUAACUAAAGGGCAUCGACGUACGAUGUUGUAAAUCACGUGCAUUCUGUCCUACUCUCAAAGCUUCCACCAACCUAUCCUAUCCAACCAGUCAUAACGAUCCCUUGCUCGAGAGUCGCGCGCGCGCGAUAUUCACGUAGGAGACAAGAAGAGGAUGACGAUGAAAAAGAGGAAGAGGAAAUAUCCCGAGGAUGCGUAGUGGAGAUGAAUAUGGUCGCUCUUACGCGAGCAACCCCCUAUCGUCGCAUUAUUACAUUUUAAAUGAUACGUUUUUAUUACUACAUUAUAUUGUAUGUUGUUAAAGUUGGAUGAUGGUUAAUAAUAAAUCGUGUGUCUCGAG